GGGCAAAGAGACGAAUGCAAAGAGCCUUCGGCAGUGGACGAAGGCUUGGGAUUGCAGGGCUAAAUGAUGAUGCUCUGUCAACGACUGCACUCGCGCACCACAUGUGUGGGUUGCUAAUUCAGGAAUGCAGUAACGUGUUGCUUGCUUCCUCAUCUACACCUCCUCCGGCGAUCAUUUCAGAUUCAGAUAAGUGGAAUACCGGUAGGAUGUCCGGGUAACUAUGGUACUAGGUAACAUGCUUUUCUUGGAGAAGCAUUGGUUGGGCAAAAGCUAAUUGGGAAUGCUUGGUGUGCAACACGCUCCUCCCCUAGGGGUGAAGAUGGCAUUCUCUUCUUACAACUGUGCUCUUCCACUUGAAGGAAACGCUAAGAGACAAUGGCUUCACUCCAACCCCAUAAUAUAGUUGGAGAAGGGAGAAUAGCGCACUUCGACAUGGAAUACAGAUACAGCACGCUUCUUACACGU